GCCCAACAGCGGACUCCGAGAGAUCGGCGGACUUUGCCGAACCACGCUCGCUCUCAACCACUCAACCACCGCUCUUGGAACCAUGGCGGCAGUGGCGGCAGCCUCAGCUGAGCUGCUCAUCAUCGGCUGGUACAUUUUCCGCGUGCUGCUGCAGGUGUUCCUGGAAUGCUGCAUUUACUGGGUAGGAUUCGCUUUUCGAAAUCCUCCAGGGACACAGCCCAUUGCGAGAAGUGAGGUGUUCAGGUACUCCCUGCAGAAGCUGGCGUACACGGUGUCGAGGACCGGGCGGCAGGUGCUGGGAGAGCGCCGGCAGCGAGCCCCCAACUGAGGCCCCAGCCCCCAGCCCUGGGCGGCCUUGUCACCAGGUGCUCCUGUGCUUCUCGGCCAGCAUGGGAGCCAGUGCCGCGCAGGAAUGGGGGGUCCCCUGUGCUCUCUCGCCAGAGGAGCAUUUGCCAAGGUCAGUGAGGGGCCGGUAGGCCCCGGGAGAAGCAGCACCGACAAUGAUGACAAUACCAGAUCCCUUCCAAACCCCUUUGCACCCCUCCGACUGUUGGGCGGGGUAGAGGGAAGAGGGGGGGUGGGGGGAGCAUACCCCCGAGAUCUGGGCACAGGCAAUGCAUUCUGAUCUGGAACAAGUCGGGACAGUGCCAUCCCAGCCCCGCAGCCACGGCCAUGCCAACAGGCCCCACCACAGAGAUCCAGACAACCGCACCAGCCAGCAGAAUGGACAUUCCAGCAUCACCAGCCGAAGCCCUGAACCCCGAUGCAGCAGACAAGGCGCCAGCUGCGUGCCUCUGUGGCGGGACUUGAGGGCGAGAGUGAGGGAGGAGGGGUAAGAAACAGAGUGGGGCCCGCUCACUGUCCCUCGCCAACACGUGCAUUCCAGCCUUGCUGCCUUUGCUCCCUCAAUCCCCUUCCCCCCACCACUGCCUCCUGAGUCAACCCAAAGAAAUGUGUCACUCAAUUUGGACCUAUUCAACCAGUAAAUGAUCCCAUCUUCACUAAAACACCUUCUCCAAGCCCCCAGCCCCUCACUGAUCUUGCUUUCCCUGGUCUCACGCAGUUGUGGUCAAUAUUGUGGUAAUCGCUAAUUGUACUGAUUGUAUAAGUGUGCAUUAGUUGUGUCUCCCCAGCUAGAUUGUAAGCUCCUGGAGGACAGGGACCACCUCUACAAAAAAAAUAAAAAAACCAGUACCUCCCCCAUCUCGCACCGUGUCCCAGGACCCUGCGGGGUGGUGGAGGUGCACCAAAAAGCUGUCUCUUGUGACUUCUUUCACGGCUUCAACACAUACUCCUUAAGACUGGGCUGCUGCACCGUUGUUGGGGCAGGGGAACAAAGGGGAAAUAAGCUGGGACGCUCACACACCCAGUUCCAUCUUCACUUAGCACUAUUCUGAGAGAUAAAGGAACACUUCCCCACCCCAAAAAGAAACGUCUACAUCUUUUGUGGUCUCAGAAUAAAGGACCCCUUACCCUCCCCAGAGGGGUGGAUGCCUUCACUUGUCCUGGAAUAAGGGACCUUGGCAGGAAAGAUGAGAGAAGGCAAGAAAGGUGGGAAUAACCCUCAAGAUGGGGUACUAGAGACCAAGGAAGUGAUUCAGGGCUUCAGAACACAAAGCUUUAGCUCCAUCUAGGAACCCCAAGGAAAUGAGCACUGGGCAGGGUGGGCACUGGCUGAUAAUGAGUAUCGGAUAAGAGGUGUGGUGUGGUGCCUCCUCUGCCCAGCUUAUCCCUCCAGGCCC